CCGGCGCAGUCCCGAGCUGCAGACGGUAUUACCGGGGGCGCCGCUCAUAUUACAGCACCAUACAGCCGCUCCUCCCAGUGCGCCCGGGAUCACACCAGCGCCCCCUGCUGCUAGUGGGGAUCCAGUGCAUGUAGUGCUGUUACCGUUACCGGAGCGUCUCUUCCUCCGCAGAAGAUGGCGGAACUGUCUCCGGUGCUACAGCCGCACAGGGAUGGAGGCAGCCGGCUCGGCUACACCUUGUUCCCCAGCUCGGAGUGCGAAUCUGAAGCCGAGCUGUCCCUGAGCUUGGCCCGGACCAAGACCCGCUCGUACGGCAGCACGGCCAGCGUGACGGCGCCCUGGGCUGAGCGGCUCAUCGAGCAUGAGGUCUGCCCCAGCGACACCCUGCAGGGCAUCGCGCUCAAGUACGGGGUGACGAUGGAACAGAUCAAAAGGGCCAACAAACUGUUUUCUACUGAUUGUAUCUUCUUGAGGAAGUCCUUAAAUAUUCCUGUUAUAUCAGAGAAGCCCUCUCUUUUUAAUGGACUAAGCUUGUUGGACUCGCCAGAAAAUGAAUGUCAAGAGGAUAGCAAUGCAGCGGGUGAAGAAGAGGUGUCCCCUCCAGCAAAUCAUACCCCUUCACUCAGCAGUCCCAAAACCGGCCGAUCAGUAGUUACACAAGAUGAAGAGCUAUCUGCCAAAGACUUCCUUCAUAGAUUGGACUUGCAGAUAAAGAGGUCCACACAGGCAGCCAAAAGACUGAAAGAAGAAGAAUACCUCAGGCAUGAAGAAGAGGAGGACUCCUAUGCAACUGCCUCCUAUCAGCACUGAGCGAUAAGUAUCCUUCCUGUGUGACCUAUCAUCCAGUGGAAGCUGACUGAAGACCCACCAACAGAAUAUCUAAGAGACUUCCUAUAAAAUAAAAUCCAUAGCUGAUAUUUUAUUACUAUAUUGCACUGAAAUGAAAUUCCUGUUCUUUUAUCCACCACUAUUCAGUGUCCUUAUUAUAACGCAUUCACAAUCAAGUUACCGCCUUUUCAUUGCCGACCAUCUUGUAGCAGAUUUGCGAGAUAAAUUACCUUGUGUUCUGAGUUCCAGGUUGUGUUAAAAAGGGACGGUUCCCGCCACUGAAGACUGUUUCCGAACUGCUCAGCCGCAGUGUUACGUUGCAAUAUGGCGUGGAUGUUGUGCGUGUGUUUUUUUGUUAUUAGUUUUUUUUAUUGCACCAUUACUGAAAAAAGAACUGAAUUAUUGAGUUCUCCUACAACUUCUUAAAGAAAUCAGCCUCUGUCUUCAUACAGGCAAGGGUAACGGUCAAAAAGAAUCUGUUCUUCCCCUGGCUUCUUCCAAAUGUGACAAUGAAAAUUAGUGGCCUUUACUGAUCCAUCAUCCAAUGUGUGGCCUAUCUAGUCAUUCUAUUGUAGAGGGCGUCAGACUGGGCCAGCAUAGUACCAGAGGAGCCUCCGGUGGGCCUAGGCUAUGAUGCCAUAGCAGGCCCCAAAGGUCCAGGAGAAAAAAAAAACUAUUUACAGCUGCCAUUGAAGCCAAUCACUUGCCGAUGGGGUCCAUUUCUUUGGAUGACAAUAUCUACUAGACUUUAUUGAUAUGGGGGUUGGGCCCAAGGAACCCCAGUCUGACGCUGGUUGUACACCCCUCCACCAUCCUUUGUUGCAUUAGGCAAAUAUACCAUUCAAAGUUGGAAGGUUUGCUGACAACAGGCAUGAACCUAGUAAUGGGAACCACUUCCAGUUGUCACUUUUUGGAAUACUGCAAGGGGAAGAACAGCAGAAAGGAAUUUGUAAAACUUGACUCUCUUUGAGAGCCUUGAGGAUGAUUCAAUGAUUUGAAUUUACUAUGGAUUUUUUUUUUUAUAUUAACUAGUGUUUGUUCUUUUAAAGAGGACCUGUCACCACUUCUGACAUGUCCGUUUUCUGGAACAUAUUUACCUAAACCUGUUUUGUGCCGUUCCUCUAAUAUUUCUCCCAACUGUUUAUGAAUAAAUUGACCACUGAGUGUUGCCAUUCCCCUUGUCAGAAAGGUGUGUCCCUCCAAAGUAUGACGAUUGGAUAGUAUCAGACUGUCCCCCAACUGGAAACACCCACUUGUCAAUGUAUUCAGACAUUUCUAAAGAGGAAUAACAGAGGAACAGUACAGCGCUGAAGGCUUCGGAAUUAUUCUCUCAUGGGGAAUUUGAGUAGUUAAUAAAACAGACAUGUCAGAAGAGGUCAGGGGUCCCCUUUAACAUGCAAGUUUGUUUUAUCAUUCUUACUUUUUCAUGUGCUGAGAGGAUUGAGUUUGUUUUUGAGUGUGCUAUAUUGAUUAAAAAUCUUAAAAUAUCCUG